GUCAGGAUUGGGACCAGUGCCCGACCCAGUUGCUCCCCUGUGGGGUGUGGCCAGGGUGGAGCAGGCCCCCAGCUGCCGGGUUUCUCCCCCUCCUCUCUCCCGGGCAGGGCUCCAAUGGCGCCUUUGAGCUGCAGCUGCAGGGCCCGGACGCCGCCUCCUUCUCCGUCUCGCCCACGAGGAUCACGGGCACGGGGGCAGUGCAGGUCCUGGUGAAGCACCCCAGCACCGUGGAUUACGAGCGGGUUCAUGUGAUAACAAUGGAGAUCGUUGCCAACGACACCAGGAACCCCGGGAACUGCUGCUCCAUCGCCACAGUGACCAUCCAGCUGCUUGACAUCAACGACCACAGCCCGGAGUUCGGGCAGAGCACGUACCAGCUGCAGGUGCCGGAGAACAGCCCAGCGGGCACCGUCAUCUCCAACAUCACGGCCACUGACCCGGACAGCGCCGGCUUUGGCAGGAUCACCUACAGGCUGCUGCCUGAGAGCAUGCUGGACAUCUUUGCGGUGAACGCCAGCAGCGGGGAGGUGCUGGUGCGGAACGGCAGCUUGCUGGACCGCGAGACCCGCCCGGGCUAUUACCUCACCCUGCAGGCCGUGGACGGGGGGAACAUGACCGGCUCCACCUACCUCGAGAUCACACUGCAGGACACCAACGACAACGCCCCAGUCGUCAGCGGUUCCUACAACAUCUUCAUCAACGAGGAGCAGGAGAACAUCAGCGUCCAGAUCCAGGCCUUUGACAACGACGAGCCCGGCACCAACAACAGCCGCCUGCGCUUCCAGCUGGAGCCCGGGGCCUUCAGCGCCAACUUCACCAUCGACCCCGCCACGGGGGUGCUGCGCAGCCUGGGGGCGCUGGACC